GCGCUACCUUUUUUUUCUCUUUUUUUACUCGGAGGAUGUGGUAAGAGCAGCAAGUGAGAGGAAGAGGUGGAGGAGGGGCGAUGUGCAUUUGUCUAGCCAUGAACCUGCGAUGAGGCUGACGCGGAGAGAUGGAGAAAGACGAGACUACUGCUGAUUCGCUUUCCUGGUCUCCGGUGCAGCGAGAGAGACUCUCCACCUGUGCCAACCUGUCAGACUACGCCGGGAAGAAGAGAAAGCAGGGAACCGGGCCUGAGAUCAUGACAGCGACCACAGAGGACAAGGAAGAAGAGGACGGGCUUGGAAGCCUUGAGCACAGUAAAGAUGCCGAGGAGCCCAGUAAUAAGAGGGUAAAGCCUGUUGGGAAAGGAAGUGGAUUGGCUGGUUUGAUGGCACCAGUGAAAACGCCAUCAUUGAAGCGGCUGGGACAGUCCAUUCAGCGGUCCAUCAGCUUCCGGACAGAGGCACGCCCGCUGCCGAUGGCCCCCGCGCGGGUGCGGCAAAAGGCCAGCUCCUUCACACGCAGGCGCAACAGCCAGCUGUGGAGCGACACGGUGGAGAACCUCUGCCAGGACCUGAGUGCUCGGGAGAUCAAACGGCAGGAGGUCAUUUAUGAGCUCACUCAAGGAGAGAAACAGCUCAUUGAAGACCUCAGCUUAGUAAAAAAGGUGUAUUAUGAGCCUAUGCUUAAACUAGACAUCAUGACAGAGAGUGAACUGGGCCAGAUAUUUGGAACUUUAGACACUCUAAUCCCCAUGCAUGAAGAUCUGUUGACGAAGCUUGAAAACCUCAGAGGCUCAGAAAAGACAGUGGGGGAAGUUGGGCCCACAUUGCUUGACUGGUUUCCUUGUCUGGAGGCCUAUGUCACCUACUGCUGCAACCAGGUGGGGGCCAAGGCCCUCCUGGACCAGAAGAAGCAGGAUCGUCGUGUGCAGCACUUUCUACAGCUGUGCCAGGAGUCCUCUUUUAGUCGCAAACUGGACCUCUGGAACUUCCUAGACCUUCCCCGCAGCCGCCUGGUCAAGUAUCCUCUCCUGCUGAAGGAGAUCCAGAAGAACACACCAGCUGAACACCCCGACCUGGACACCAUACCGGAGGCGAUGGACAUACUCCAGAGGAUGGUGUCGGAGGUAGAUCGUAAGACGGGUGAGGCAGAGUGCCAAUUCUACAGACAGGGGCUUUCAUACUUGGAGGAUGGACAGAGACUUCCUGAGAUCCAGCACUCCCGGUUUCUUUACUGCCACGGGGAGCUGAAGAACAGCAAAGGCCAAAAGCUGUACGUCUUCCUGUUUGAGCUGGCCUUAGUGCUGACGCGCCCUAUGUGUCCCGAGCGAGAGGGUCUGGUCCAGUUUCAGGUGUAUCGCCAGCCGCUGCCCGCUGCCCACCUGCUUCUGGAGGACCUUCCUGACGGCGAUGGGACUGGAGGGAGCUCCUUCAGAGGGGCUUUCAACUCUGCCAAGAACUGCUUCAGAGUGAGCAGCAGAGGGCGCUCUAAAGUCCUGUCUCACAGUCUGCAGGCCAACGACUCCUUCAACAAGCAGCAGUGGAUCUCCUGUCUGCGGCAGGCAAUCAUCCAAUCACGCGACAGCCAGUCUGAGACGCUACGGCAGUCGUCAGCUGACCCCGGCCUGUGUCACAUUGCUGAGCUUAGCCUGAACUCUGAUGUUGAGAUGACAGACACGUAGACAUCAUUCCCCUCACAGUGCUGCUACGUCUCCCCCGUUCUCGGUGGCGUUUCAUAUUUCACUGUCAGAACUUUCAUGCCUUUUUUCUACAUCUACAUCGUUUUCUGUUUUUCAUUGUCUUUGCCUUCCGUUCAUCUUAAAACUGCUAUUUGUUCUGUUCUCUUGAAAGAAUUCGAAAAGACAAAGUCCUCACUGCAAACACCGUGAUCCCUAUUCCAUUAGAAAGAGGUAAAAUGAAAUGUUUAAGUCCAUUCAUUUAGUUUUUUUAAUUUUUUUUGAGAAAGAGAACAAAACUUCUUGGUACUUUUGUGGAGCCAGUCAGGGUAACGGGAAAAACAGUUAUGCUAUAUUUUUAAUGAAGAGAAUUAUUUCUGUAAUUUUGUUUUUGCGUGUGUGAUGUGCUUUGAAGCAGGAACCACAUAUAAGCACACAGCCUGUGCUGUGUGGUAACGUGAGCAUGAUGACCCCCGAAUGUUGCUGUUGACAUGUUGCUAUGGUUUCAGAUCUUCACAGGAAGUGCCAGCCAUGUUAGCCCUGUCAGCAGCUGUUCAUCACAUGCUGUUAGCCUGCUAAUUAUAACUAGUGCCACAACCAAACUGGCUAUUCGGAGAAGUGUUGGCGGUUCGAAACCCUAUUUAGGAGGGCUAAUAUUUUUUGAAAUAUUUUUCAAAAUCCAUUUAGUGUCCAGAAUUUAUGCACACAUUUCGUACCUGGUGGCAUGAUCCAGUGGUGUGGUGUGAUGUCCUUGGCCUGGCUGGGGGGGGUGGCUGGUAGCGUGCUUAGUGAUCCCAGCUUGGUAUAUUUAGCCAAUGGUUAUCAACCAGUUGGUCACCAAUGAAAUUAAGCAUUACCCAUGAAUCAUCUCCUACAAUCGCCCUGGAAUCUCACCAAGAUCGGCCAACUGGUUGGGCACCCCUGGCAGGGACGGAUUACGGACCGGGCCAGCGGGGCCGCUGCCCAGGGGCCCUUGGGGUGCAGGGGGCCCGUGGGGCCGCUAGCCCAAAACAAUUUGCAACGCUUAACAACAAUGUAUUUUCGUUUGUCUAUUUUAGAGGGCCUACAUUCUUUGAUCCUCUGCCUACAAGGGCCCCUGACCCUAUAGGGAGGGCGUUUGGCUGCCAAGGGCCCUUGAAUUGUGGUGGUUGUGCUGG